AUGAAUGCGCCAUCUUUAUCAACGAUGGGAUUCGAAUUUCCCGCUUCUGGCUCCCGAACUUUCCAGGACGUGACUGCUGCCGCUAUUCCGGCUGAUGACCACUUGCAGCGGUUGGCGCAAAUGACUCAAGGCGUAGGUCAUACAUCCGCUACCACAACGACCGCAAAGUCCUCGGACUCUUCGGACAGCAAUGAUCCAAACUCGACCACUGCGCAGCCUGACCCGAGUUUGUACCACUCCGCCGCUGCGGCCUAUGUGCAACAGUACGGCAACUGGCCCAAUUAUUAUCAGCAGUUUGGGCAACCAAUGAAUCCCGCUGCAGCCGCAUUUUCUGCAUGGCCAGCGCAGUGUUACGCGCCGCCACACUGGCCAAAUUAUGGUGAGUGA